AAUGAACAAAAAUUGUCUUACCUCUGUUUGUAAUGUGUGCCCUUUGUUUACUGGUGUAAUUAGCGCCCACCCGUCAUUUUAUUCACCACAGUUACGUCCCGUUUCGUAUCCUUUUAUUCAUUUUAUCUUUGGCCAAUUUUUUGUUAGCCAUCCGUCUACCCUUCCCCCCACUUGCGUACCAGCAUUUACGGCUUCCAAAAAAAUGAAUAAAGUGCAGUUCCUUUUUCUGCUUUCGCUCAUUUCGCUAUUCUGGAAAGGUGCAGACAUAAAAUGCUCAGCCCCCACAGGGGCUGCUCCUGAAGGCCCCAGUUUCGCCCAAACGAAGGCCCAAAGCGCGGAAAAAAAUAUGCCCGAUUUGUUCAGCUUAUUUUCCGCAAAACCGAAAUCAGCGCAGCCAAUGUUUAACUUUUUCUUGGAGGAAAAUCGAAAUUUAUGGCUACAUCGCACGAAGAACAAUGAAGCGAACAGAAAUACGCGAAGACGCUUUGCUGACUUUCAAGAACUCAGACAGAACGACUUAUCGCGGUUUCACGAAUUGAUGGGCAUCCAGAAUGAGCAAAUGAAUAUGAUGAAAAAUGCCUUGCUGUCCAUGGAGGAGGUGUAAAAAGUUUGGAAAAAUGUGAACCAGUUGUCACCAUGCAAAUGGCAAUUCUCCAUUUAGGCGUUUUCUUUUUCGUGUGUAAAUAUUUUCUAUCGGCUGUCGAUCCUUCCGUUGCGUUUCCUUUUUACAAUUUUUUUUUCUCAUUUGUCGUUAAGGACUUGUUAUGCAGCGGUUAUGCAGUGGUUAAGCUUUACUUAGUUUGUGUGUCCCUUUGGGGAUAACGCUGCCUUUAAAACGAAGUGCCGUAAUUUGCGACGCAAGAACAGGCGUUACCGCGCAGGGGCGCAUACGCAUAUGCAUUCAUAUAAGUAGUACAUUUUUUUUUUCCCC